UUUUCCUGUAACAUAUCUCGCACCAUUAGUUUACAGGCAUUACGUCGGGCAGCCUAAGUAGGGUCCUUCUGGCUUCUCUUUCUCUCGGUGGCUUCUGGGAAUCGCUCUUUCCGUAGUCAGCCCUGGGACAGGCAACAUGGGCAAGUGCCGUGGUCUUCGUACAGCCAGAAAGCUCCGUGAUCACCGCCGUGAGCAGAAAUGGCAUGACAAGCAGUACAAGAAGGCCCAUUUGGGGACAGCCCUGAAGGCUAACCCAUUUGGGGGUGCUUCCCACGCCAAAGGAAUCGUCCUGGAAAAAGUCGGUGUAGAGGCUAAGCAGCCUAACUCUGCUAUCAGGAAAUGUGUCAGAGUUCAGUUGAUCAAAAACGGCAAGAAGAUCACAGCUUUCGUACCAAAUGACGGUUGUCUGAACUUCAUUGAGGAAAACGACGAGGUUCUGGUGGCUGGAUUUGGUCGUGCUGGUCAUGCCGUUGGUGACAUUCCUGGUGUCAGGUUCAAGGUUGUUAAAGUAGCCAAUGUUUCCCUGUUAGCCUUGUACAAAGGCAAGAAGGAGAGACCAAGAUCUUAGACAUGUUCUGUCAAAAUGUUUAAUAAACAUUCUUUCACAUCUA